GAAUUAUCCAUUAGAAACAAAUGUUAUAUAGGAGAUAUAUGUUGGAAUAAGAAAAGUGUCUUUUUUUGUAAAUAUGGUGAAACCAAAUCAAUAUACAAAGACUUCCCAUGAUGGAAACAACUUAGAAGAAGAAUGUCUCGAACUGGCAAAUAAGCUUAUUAUAAAUUGUAAUGUGCCUAUACCUCGUGUGAGUUGCCUUGGAGAUAUUCAUCCCGCACUGUUUACAGAACUCUUCCUCCGGAUUUUCAACAUAACGAUUCCAGAGUUAAAAAUGAACCCUGAUACAACAGAAGAGGAAGUCCACAAUGUUCAAGCUAUUAUUGAUACUUUGUCUCUGGAUAUUUUGAAUAUCUCUUUGUCUCAUAUUGUUGGAGAAGACAUUGUUGCUAGAGAUGUUUAUUCUGUGAAGAACUUCUUAGAGGUGCUAGAUAGUUGCUUGUUAUUCCUCAAGACUGAUUCAACAAAUGAAAACAAAACAGCCACGCAAUGUACAAUGAUAGCUUCUGAAGAUGCCAAAGAAGACAUCAUAAGCCAGCCUUCUGAAACUGGUUAUGAAGCUGGGGACAGUGACAGCUUAGACACAGAAGAAGCCAUUGCCCUUGGAGAUGACCAGUAUCUAAAAACUGUACGUCCCAUCAGACAAGAUAAUGAAAUAGUGGACAAAAAUGCUGGUAAUGAACAUGAAACAUCUACAUGUAAAGAGCAUGGAGUGAUCAUGAAGAAGGACUUAGCUUAUGCAGUAGAAAACAUUUGUCCCCUGUGUGAUUAUGUGCAGAAGAAUCAGUUAGCUGAAAAAAGACAAGAGAAAAGUGGUCCACCGGAGCUUGGUGCAGGGGACAAAGAUAACAUAACUGGCAGUAGCAGACCUGAUGACAAAGAUGUUUGUCAGACAAUACCAAAGGUCCUGUGCAGUGAGAGCAAUAGUAGUAGUAUCGGUAAACCACAUUUAAAACAGAAAGAUAGUUCAUCAUUUACUCCUGCAUCACCCUUAGAACCACCAGUGUUUUCUCCUGAGCAGGUUUUAGAUCCAGAUUUUGCAAAUAUAGGAAUUCGUAGCGAAGGGGGUGAAAAAAAGGUAGCUCUAAAGAGUAAAGGAAAAAAAUCAAGCCCCAAGUUUUCAUCGCACUAUACUGGAACAUUCACACAUCACAUGUACCAUCAUUUCAAAGAUUCUCUACCCAAGUCAGCUACAUGGCCACAGUCAGCAAACUCGGAAAAAGGAACUGACAUUGAGAAACCUAUUGACAGCAACAUGUAUAAAAGAAAGAUUCAGUCCCAACCAAAGAAAAGCUUAAGUCUACAGGAUCUCAGAAAAGGACAGUGGAGUAAACCUGACCGGAGCAAGUCUAUGGAAGAUAUUAGUUCAGCAGCAAAUAAACAGGAAAGAUCAGAAUAUGGUAUUCAGAGCACUUUGCCAUAUCAAGCAAGAAAGAAUGUUAGGUUUCAGUCUCUUCGGAGCAAUAGGAAUACGAAACUUUUAACACAACUCAAGUUAUCCAAGCCUUCAUUUUCUUUGAAUGUAAAAGACAAGAAUGUGGAAGGAUCUCACAAACCAGAGACCACAAAACCAGUCAGGAAACUGGCUACGGCAAAAGGAAUAAAAUCAGAAGUUCUGCUACCCAAACACUUACGUCGACCUUCUGGAAUAAAAAACCACAGAAGGAAAACUUCAUCCUCUGCUCCUCAGUCCAGUUCAAGUCUCUUGGCACCAG